AUGAUGAAGGACUAUUGGACUUGGGAUCUGGCCGAGCUAGACUGGUGCGAUGAAGACCCCGACAAGGACGACGAAGGGCUGGCGAUCAGCGAGCUGCUACCCAUCUUUCUCGAAGAACUGAUGUGUGGCCAGCCCGUCUUUAUGCCGGACAGGGUCUACUGCGUUGGCGUCAACUACCGAUCCUUUGCAGCUGCGGCCGGUCUCGAGAUCCCCGAAAAGCCGACGGCGAUCCUCAGACCAACCACGGCGAUAGACUACCAUGGCGAGGACAUCAUCGUCCCUGAGGACUUCGCAACCGAAGACGUGGACUACGAAGCUCAUUUAGCCGUAGUCAUCCGGCACGACUGCAAGAACGUCAGCCCUGAGGAUGCGAUGGACCAGGUGUUCGGCAUUCUCGCUGCGACUCAUGUUGUUCUCCGUUCCAGCCCAGGGGAAAGCUUCGAUGGGUGCUGCACCCUCGGCCCCGUCAUCGUAAACGCCAAUGCUCUCCAGGAUGAGGACUGGGGCAACAUCCAGAUCGAGGGCGAACUCAAUGGCGAGAUUGUGCAAAGAGGCUUCGUGCGCGACAUGGCGUUCUCAAUACCUCAGCUGAUCUCGACCCUCAGCCGAAGGAGUACGCUCAAAGCCGGCACGAUCAUUCUCACAGGGACUCCCGCAGGUACGGGCUGGUACAGGGAGCCGCGACGGAUGCUCAAGGACGGCGACAAGUUCAGGGUCUGGGUCUCGCAUGGUGUCGGCAGUCUGGUCAACACUAUCAGGUUUGAGGAAUGA